UUUCAUUUUCUUUGGUGUCUCAGAUUUUCCGGGAAAAUCUGUGUCACUCUUGCUGUGCAGCACACGAGGGAUUACAAGAGUGAAAGAAAUAAACUUCUCUGCUUCCGCGAAACGCGCCCUUCUCAUUCCAAUUUCCCUGAUCACCGCGUGCUUACUCUGCUCCAUGAAUCCGUAAGGUUUUGUUUCGAAUUUUAGUUUUGCUGCACUUGAUCGGUUUAUCUACCAUGUGGGUCUUCACUCUUCACUAUUUUCGCACCAAAAAAAUGUGCUUUUGGUGAGGAACUCCAUUAUUAGGGUUGGCCCUUGGAGUUUUGUGAAAGUGAGUGGAUGGACAAACAUUCUGGGGAUACUAUGCCGACUCGUGGUGCUACAGGUCCAUCUGAGAUUUUCUCGCUUAAUGUUGCCAAAAAAGUGGGAAGCAGUGCAUGGGGAAUACCGGGUGGGACUGGUGCAUUUCAUGGUUCAAGUGAUGCUAGCUUGUUUUGUAGUUCACUUCCUGUUCUUGCACACGAGAAGCUAAAUAUUUCCGACUCAGAGCAUUACGGUCAAUCUGUUGAUGAUAACUUGCCAAUAUUAGACAAAGGUCACAAAGAGGUUGAGGGACAAGAUCCACUUGGGCAUGUUGAAAUAAGUGCAAUUGGGAACAUGCUUCCAGAUGCUGAUGAGUUAUUAGCUGGGAUAACGGAUGAUUUUGACCUGAGUGGGUUGCCCAGCCAACUGGAGGAUCUGGAUGACAAUGAUCUUUUUGGCAGUGGAGGGGGAUUUGAAAUGGAUUUUGAGCCCCAAGAGAACCUUAGUCUUGGUAUAUCAAAGAUAAGCUUAUCUGAUGAAGUUCAUUCAAAUGGUAUUGGUCAUUAUGCAAUUCCAAAUGGCAUGGGAACAGUGGCUGGGGAGCAUCCUUACGGAGAGCAUCCAUCAAGGACAUUAUUUGUGCGGAACAUCAACAGUAAUGUUGAGGACUCUGAAUUAAGAUCUCUAUUUGAGCAAUAUGGUGACAUCAGAACACUGUACACUGCAUGCAAGCAUAGGGGCUUUGUGAUGAUAUCAUACUAUGACAUUCGAGCUGCUCGCACUGCAAUGCGUUCUUUACAAAACAAGCCCUUGAGACGAAGAAAACUUGAUAUUCAUUUUUCAAUUCCUAAGGAUAACCCCUCAGAAAAGGAUAUUAACCAAGGAACGCUUGUAGUUUUCAAUUUAGAUCCCUCAGUAUCUAAUGAUGACCUUCGUCAAAUAUUUGGGGCUUAUGGUGAGGUCAAAGAGAUCAGGGAAACACCGCAUAAGAGACACCAUAAAUUUAUUGAAUUUUAUGAUGUUAGAGCAGCAGAGGCUGCUCUUAAAGCAUUAAAUCGAAGUGACAUUGCUGGGAAACGCAUCAAACUUGAACCCAGCCGCCCUGGUGGGGCACGUCGAAACUUGAUGCAGCAACUUAAUCAAGAGCUGGAGCAAGAUGAAACUCGAACUUUUAGACACCAAGUGGGUUCACCUAUUGGCAAUUCUCCUCCUGGUAACUGGGCACAAUUUGGUAGUCCAGUUGAACAUAACGCACUAGGUUCUUUUAGCAAAUCCCCUGGUUUGAAUUUUGCCAGCCCUAUGAAUACAAACCAUUUGCCUGGAUUGGCUGCUAUUCUUUCCCCACAUGUAUCAAGCUCUCCAAAGAUUGCACCAAUUGGCAAGGACCUUGGAAGGGCUAAUAAUGCAAAGCAGAUAUUUGCAAGCUCUGGAUUGUCACAAGGAGCUGCUUUUCAGCAUUCUACGUCCUUUCCCGAGCAAAAAAUUAAUGCAAGUCCUAGGCCAAUAACCACUUUUGGUGAAUCAAAUUCAAGCUCGUCAAGUAUUGGAACACUGUCUGGUCCUCAAUUUCUUUGGGGAAGUCCAACUCCUUACUCAGAGCAUUCAAACACAUCUGCCUGGUCAUCUUCCAUGGGGCUUCCAUUUACGUCUAGUGGACAAAGGCAGGGUUUCCCUUAUACUAGUCAGCAUAGUUCUUUUCUUGAUUCUCACCAACAUCAUCAUGUUGGAUCUGCUCCGUCUGGCCUUCCUCUUGACAGGCAUUUUAGCUACUUUCCAGAGUCACCUGAAACUUCUCUCAAGAGCUCAGUUGCAUUUGGGAGUAUGAAUCACAGUGAUGGGAAUAUUCUGAUGAACAUGGGUGCUCAUGCAUCUCUAGGUGUUGGUAUUGGCCUUACAGGAAAUACUAAUGAAAUGAGUUCACCCAAUUUCAGAAUGAUGUCACUACCCAGGCACACUUCCCUGUUCCUUGGAAAUGGUUUAUAUUCUGGGUUAGGAGGUACUACCACUGAGGGAGCUGAGCGUGGUCGAAGCAGGCGACUUGACAAUAGUGGGAACCAAAUUGAUAGCAAGAAGCUGUAUCAGCUUGAUCUAGACAAAAUUAUGAGUGGGGAAGACACAAGGACUACUUUAAUGAUUAAAAACAUUCCUAACAAGUACACUUCGAAGAUGCUGCUUGCUGCAAUUGAUGAGAAUCACAAGGGUAGUUAUGACUUUCUCUACUUGCCAAUUGACUUUAAGAACAAAUGUAAUGUGGGUUAUGCUUUCAUCAAUAUGGUGUCUCCAUCACACAUCAUCCCCUUCUACAAGGCAUUUAAUGGGAAGAAGUGGGAGAAGUUUAACAGUGAAAAAGUUGCUUCCCUGGCAUAUGCACGGAUCCAGGGAAAGGGUGCACUUGUGACACAUUUUCAGAAUUCAAGCCUAAUGAAUGAGGAUAAGCGGUGCCGGCCAAUUCUGUUUCAUUCUGAAGGCCAAGAGAUUGGUGAUCAGGAACAUUUUCUCUCAAGCAAUUUGAACAUAUGCAUUCGUCAACCAGAUGGUUCUUACUCAGGUGAUUUGAUGGAGAGCCCAAAGGGCAAUUCAGAAGAAAAGCUAGAGAAAGAUUAACUAUUUGUUUCCUAGCCAUAAUAAAUGGGUUCUAGGAGUACUAACUGUUGCAUGGCUAAUCUUAAGGUGUACAAAGCUGAUUAUCGAAAAAGGAAAAAAAAUGUAGUUUAAAAGUGAAGGAGCAACCUGGUUACCAGUGGCAGAAGACCAAGGACACCCAAUAUGUUAAUAGUUCAUAAUAAUGAUAAAAAAGUAAAGAAGCAGAAAUCAGUAUGUUGAUUUGUAGAGAAGCCAUUGUCAUUAAACCAGUGGAGAAGAAUAAGGUGUAGUGUACUGCUGGACUGAGUUUCUAUAGCAGCAUUCUUACCAGAUUGUGCAGGAUGACUCCGUCUGGGAUUUGUUAUUUUUUUGCCAACCUUUUGUUUUGGCUGUUCCCAGUCCUUUGAAGAUAUGGUUAAUGUUUAUAGUUUGGGAGGGAUUAUGAUGAAAAAAAGUUGUAUAGAAAGGAAACAAGGAACAACUAUCCUAUCUGUCGGUUAUGUCAUGUACCAAAAACUGUUGAAUGACUGUACAGAUGUUUAAUAAUUCCUUGCUUUUGUAUUUAUGUCAGGGUGUUGUUACUAAUGCAUACCUUGAUAAUGUUGGUAGUCUUUUGAAGUAGUGUUAUUUCUCUUCAUCAUUUGAAUGUGCCACUCUUGCUGCUACAAGGAGUAGCAUGUAAGAUUUUAUGCCUAGGAAAGUUAUAUUAUUUGGACCACGAAUAUUUCUAUGGAAUUCUCUUGAAUGGUUGAUUUUUUCUG